CAGGACCUCCAGACACACCAUAUGAAGGUGGAUGAUAUCAGCUAGAGAUAAAAAUACCAGAAACAUAUCCAUUUAAUCCUCCUAAGGUCCGGUUUAUCACUAAAAUAUGGCAUCCUAAUAUUAGUUCCGUCACAGGGGCUAUUUGUUUGGAUAUCCUGAAAGAUCAAUGGGCGGCAGCAAUGACUCUCCGCACGGUAUUAUUGUCAUUGCAAGCACUGUUGGCAGCUGCAGGACCAGAUGACCUCCAGGAUGCAGUAGUAGCAAAUCAGUACAAACAAAAUCCUGAAAUGUUUAAGCAGACAGCUCGACUUUGGGCACAUGUGUAUGCUGGAGCACCAGUUUCUAGUCCAGAAUACACCAAAAAAAAAAAAAAAAUAGAAAAUCUGUGUGCUAUGGGCUUUGAUAGGAAUGUAGUAAUAGUGGCCUUGUCUUCAAAAUCAUGGGAUGUAGAGACUGCAACAGAACUGCUUCUGAGUAACUGAGGCAUGGGAGCUGCUGCCAGCCAAGCUCACCUCUUCUUGAGGAGCACCAACAUCUGUUAUUUUUAGGAUUCUGCAUAAAUUUCUUUUAAACUGGCAUUCUUGCCUGAUGAUGUUAUCUAGGCACCAUUGGAGACUGCAA